UAUAUAUAUAUAUAUAUAUAUAUAUAUAUUUAUUAUGUUUUUCCAAAUGUAAUCUAAUAUAAUUCCUUAGCUGCUUGACUUGGUGAUACUGAGGGAGUUCAGGGAAUCCACGUCAGAGCAGUUUCACAACACUGUGCAGAAAAACUUGCUUCCAAAGCAUAUUGUCACUGUUUACUGGUGCACUGGGUGCCUGUCACACCCAAAUGUAUUACCCUUCUAAGUGGAUAGUGAUAGGAAAUAUAGCAGCCAUACAUGAUCUGAUCACUAUUUCACAUCCUGGUACAAAGGCCAGGGAGUGGACUCAACCCGCCUGCCCGCUAACAGUACAGCGUUAGCUAAUAAAGAGAAUGCGGCCACAGUUCAUCUAAAGUCUGUCAUAAUCCACUUUUGAAGUAUGUUAAAACCAAGCGUGAAUUUCAAGGCUGUCUGAGACAUUCCUAAUUGCCGCAUAAAACUCAGAGUUGAUCUGAGGGAGCAUCAGUUGCGACGUGGGCUACGCAAAGACAAGCCGAGAGAGCAGUUGUUCUUCUGUAAACUGGAAAACCAAAACAAUAUUUAGACAACAUGAGAGCCACAUCUUACUCCCAGAAGAGCCUGCAAGUUAGCGGCUCUGGCAGCAGAGUAAGGGUUCAGAGCCCGUCGCCCUCCCGGUGCCGUGGAUCCUCGUACGACAGUCGUGGACGCUCCGGAUAUCGCAGCACCGCCAUCGAGUUGGGCACAGAGAUACACGAGCAGCAUGCCAAUGAGAAAGAGGAGAUGCAGGAGCUCAAUGUCAAGUUUGCAGGAUACAUCGAAAAGGUCCAGGCACUUGAGCAGAGAAAUGCUGCUCUCCACGCUGAGCUGGCGUCCCUGCAGAGCCGCUACAAGGGAGGCCCCACAGGCAUCGGAGAAGAAUAUGAGCUCAAGUUUAAAGAAGUGCGGGAGCUGAUUGAGGCCCUGACUAAUGAGAAGGGAGCAGCUGAUAUUGAGAGAGGCUACAUUGAAGAAGAGGUUGACGUGUGGAAACUUAAGCUGGAGGAGGAGCUGACACUUAAAGAAGAGGCAGAAAUGAUUCUUAGGGAGUUCCGCCAGGAUGUUGACAACGCAACACUGCAGAAGGCUGACCUGGAGAGGCGCAUUGAACAACUGGUGGCUGAGAUAGAGUUCCUCAAGAAGCUGCACGACGAAGAGGUGGCUGACCUCAUGAAGCAAAUAGAGGACUCAAAGAUCACUGCUGAACUCGAUGGCGAUCGUCCUGACCUGGCUGCCUACCUGCGCAACAUGCGCGCAGAGAUCGAGUCUGUCGCUGCUCGCAAUGUCCAGGAAGCUGAGAAAUGGUACAAGUCCAAGUUUGACACCCUCAAGGAGCACGCUGGCAAACACGAGGACCAGAUGAAGACCAUGAAAGACGAGAUCUCCACUUUCCACAACCAGGUGACAGACCUGCAGAACCAGAUCGAUGGGCUGAGGGCUCGCAACGCUGCCCUGGAGCAGCAGCUUGAGGAUAUGGAGAUGGCCCACCUUGAUAAGUCGGGAGGCCUAGAGGGUAUCAUCGCUCAAUUGGAGGCCCAGCUCUGCGAAACCAAGCUAGAGAUGACCAAGUAUCUCAAAGAUUAUCAAGAACUGCUGCACAUUAAGCUGAAGCUGGAUGCAGAGAUCGCCACAUACAGGAAGCUGCUGGAAGGCGAGGAGCAGAGGCUUGGGAUGGCCAAAGAUGUCUGAAUGUCCAGGGUAAGAGGAGGAGGAGGUCUGAAGCAGCGGCAGAGCAUCGUGGAGUGAAGAGAUUACAACUAGAUCACAGUCUAGUUGAAGACUCUAAAUUCUUCCCUGUCUUAGCCAUUUUGUCCCUAUUUCACUGUCCUGACGAGGAUGGCUGGGUAUUAUUUAAAACCUUUCACUACCACUGCUGACAUCUAAGUUUCAGAAUUGAUACUAAAAUGGUACUUAUCUUUGAAUUUUGUACAAAUUAGAACAAAUCAGGCCAACACCAGACAAUCAUGUCUUUACAUAUUUUAAUAUAGUCUAUCGGAUAAAAGAGACAAUAUAACAAAAAAGAUAAGAAUAUUAAUCUCAGCAGAAAUUUGAUGCCAGCUUUCUGUACUUGACAUUUCUGGAUAUUCUGGUGUCACAACCACAUUUCUCUCGAUACCAGAAAUGUGUUGAGGUUUAAUACCCAGGCCUCCUCAACCCCAUCAUCUACUUUGCCACCCCCUGACCCCAUUGUUUUUAAGCAUCUACGCGUUGUUUGCCUGCAUUCCUGUCCUUGGUACUGCAAUUUUUUCCCCUUCAUUCAUUGCCUCUCACUCAAGUUUUUUGGGCAUCGCUCCUUUAUUCUACCUUUUUCUUUACUCCUGCUCCUACUCCUGCCCACACACAGCACUGUUUUCUCUCCACCCUUUGUGGAAGUUUUUCACUUUUUGCCAUCAAUGCUUUUUCUGAUCAAAGAUCUCACCAUCCUCACAAUGAAAAACUUCUGUUCUGCCUUGAUGUUUCACAAUCUCAACUCAAACGAAGCAGGACAAAUGGCCGCAGUGUUCUGACUGGUCCCCCCAGAUAAUCUUAAAUGUUUUGA